GGGAUCAGAAAAUCCAAGCAGAAUAACUGGGUGACAUUCCAGGGAUGAGAAUCCCGGGAGAAGCCGCGGCAGCGCGGAGCUCCUCCAGCCCAUCCCAGCCCCUCCUCCCCCGGAGCAUCUCCCUGGAGCCGGGCAGGGCUCGGGGCUGAGCUCCGGCCGCCGGGGAUGGCUCGGAGGAGCCGGGCACAGCCGCAUCCCCCGGAGCUGCCCCGUGUCCCCGGAGCCCCCCGCUGUCCCCAUCCCGCAUUCCCGGAGCGAUCCCGGCUCGGAUUGCCGAGCCCUGCGGACCUGCGGGGGAUCCUUCAGGGCAGCGUGAAUAUUUUGGGAGAGGGCAGUGCAAAGAGUUUGCCCCCCCUUCCUUCUGUGCCUGGGAGAAAGGAGCUGCCCGAGCUGGUCAUGAGACUUUUCCACACUUCCCAAAGAGGCUCCUGAAGUUCUGACGCUGCUCCGCGGAGAGCCUGGGAGAUGGAGAAUGAGCUCGGCAAAUCUGUGGACAACCAAAUGGACAAAUACAUAGUUACAAUAAUGGGGAAAUCAGAGAGUCAAAUGGAUAUUGUGGAAAAAUCGACCAAAUCGGGGAAGAAGCCCUGGAGCUUUGUGGCCAUCGGGCUGGCUGUCCUGCUGCUCCUCAUGACUUGUGCUGCCGUCGCCCUGGUGAUCCUCUAUGCCAGCAGCAGAGGUUCCCACUAUGGCACCAACUCGGGCAACAUCUGCACCACCCCUGGGUGUGUGACAGCAGCUGCCAGAAUAAUCCAGAACAUGGACCCCACAGCUGACCCGUGCAAGGAUUUCUACCAGUACGCCUGCGGGGGCUGGCUGAACCGGCACGUGAUCCCCGAGACCAGCUCCAGAUACAGCAUCUUUGACAUCCUGAGGGACGAGCUGGAGAUCAUCCUCAAAGGUGUGCUGGAGACCUCAGACCAAGGGGACAGAGAAGCAUUUCAGAAAGCUAAAAUCCUUUACAAGUCCUGCAUGAAUGAGAGUCUUAUAGAGCAACGAGAUUCCCUGCCUCUGCUGGAGGCCUUGAGGAUGGUUGGAGAUUGGCCAGUGGCUUCUGCAGACUGGAGUAAGACCAAAGAGCCAAGCUGGAGCAUGGAGGAAAACCUUUCCAUAAUGAACUCCAGGUUUAACAAACGUGUCCUCAUUGACAUGUUCGUGUGGAAUGACGACCGGGAUUCCAGCAGACACAUCAUUUAUAUUGACCAGCCAAGUUUGGGAAUGCCAUCCAGGGACUACUACUUUAAUGGGGGCAACUACCAAAGAGUGAGAGAAGCUUACCUGCAGUUCAUGAUCACCAUCGCCAAAAUGAUCCGGCAAGACAAGAACGUGUCCAGAGAUGAUUCCUUUGUCCAGGAGGAAAUGGCAAAGGUCAUGGAGUUUGAAACAGAGAUUGCAAAUGCCACGACCCCAGCAGAGGAAAGGCAUGAUGUGACCUUGUUGUACAACAAAAUGACCUUAGCAGAGCUGCAGGAAAAGUUUGCAUUCAAUGAAUUUAACUGGACCUUCUUCAUCCAACGUGUCAUGUCUUCAGUAAAUGUUCAGGUGGACCCAGAGGAGGAGGUGGUUGUGUAUGGGAUGCCAUAUCUGCAAGAGCUGAAGGCAAUUAUCUCCAAGUACUCAGCCAGCACCAUCCAGAACUACCUCAUCUGGCGGCUGGUGAUCGACCGGGUCAGCAGCUUGAGCCGGCGCUUCAAGGACGCUCGGGCCAGCUACAGGAAGGCCCUGUACGGCACCACGCUGGAGGAGGCGCGCUGGAGGGAGUGCGUGAGUUACGUCAACAACAACAUGGAGAACGCGGUGGGAGCCAUGUAUGUCCGGGAGACUUUUGCUGGUGAGAGCAAGAGGAUGGUCCGGGAUUUAAUAGAGAAGAUCCGUGAAGUGUUCGUGGAGACUUUGGAUGAGUUACAGUGGAUGGAUGAGGCGUCCAAGGAGAAAGCUCGUGAGAAGGCAAUGGCAAUCAAAGAACAGAUUGGCUACCCAGAUUAUAUUUUGGAAGAUCAGAAUGAGAAACUGGACCUGGAAUAUGCCAAUUUAAACUUCAGUGAACACAACUACUUUGAAAACAUCCUGGAAAACCUGCAAGCUGGAGCCCAAAAGAGCCUGAAAAAGCUUCGAGAGAGAGUUGACCAAGAUAUAUGGAUAAUUGGAGCUGCAGUGGUCAAUGCAUUCUAUUCCCCCAACAGGAACCAGAUAGUUUUUCCUGCUGGGAUUCUCCAGCCCCCCUUCUUCAGCAAACACCAGCCCCAGGCCCUGAACUUUGGAGGGAUUGGGAUGGUGAUUGGGCAUGAGAUCACUCACGGGUUCGAUGACAAUGGUAGGAAUUUUGACAAAGAUGGGAACAUGCUGGACUGGUGGAGCAACUUCUCAGCGCUGCAUUUCAAGGAGCAGUCCCUGUGCAUGGUGCACCAGUAUGGGAACUACACCUGGGAGCUGGCUGGGGGUCAGAAUGUCAGUGGCAUAAGCACAUUAGGAGAAAAUAUUGCAGAUAACGGAGGAGUCCGACAGGCUUAUAAGGCCUACUUGAAGUGGCUGGAACGGGAAGGGAAGGAGCCAAAGCUGCCUGGGCUGAACCUGUCCCACAAACAGCUUUUCUUCCUCAACUUUGCCCAGGUUUGGUGUGGUUCCUACAGACCAGAAUAUGCCAGCCAGUCCAUAAAGACAGAUGUUCACAGCCCUCUGAAGUACAGGGUGAUGGGCUCGUUGCAGAACUUUGAAGCCUUCUCCGAGGUGUUCCACUGUAAGAAGGGCACGGCCAUGCACCCCGCGGGGAAGUGCCGGGUGUGGUAACCCAGGAUGGGACGCUCUGGUGACACCACAAACAGCUGGUGGCAGGGAUGUGCCCGGUGUUCUGUGCUCAGCCACAGCCAGGGCUGCAGGGCAGCUGCUGCAGUGAGCCAAGGAAGCACUGAGCUCUCCCAGUGCCCCUGGGGAGCACACAGGGAUCCCGGGGAUGCCAGGGAUGGAUCCCGGGGCUGUGCCAGAGCCCACGCUGUGCUCCCAGGCACGACGACUGUUUCCAAUGACAUCCUGACUGUUACUAGGACACUGCAUCAGGGUUACAAGGACUAAUUCUUACACGAAAACAAAACCAACAAGCCGCCACGAAUCUAUUUUUCAGAAAGGAAUAAUAAUUUUAAUAUAUCGGCUCCUCUUUCUGGAGCUCAGCGAUGCUGUCUGAGAUGUUCCACUGCUCUGUUUCCAGUGUUCUGGUUCUGUUUCUGGUGCAUUCUUCCCCAGAUCAGGUUAAAGCUGGUGUAAACUCUCGUGCUGUCUGUGCCCCCUGCACUUUGAUCACUGCUUUGUUGUCAUGGAUUGCUAUUUGUCGUGACAUGUCACACGGUGAGCUCUAUGUAAAGACGCCUGUCGCACUCUCCUCCUGCACUUGAGUUCCUCUGCUCCAAAGAAUCCCCUUCAGGUGAGGCAUCACUACAAUUAUCACAUUUUAAGAGUACAAAUUCUGUCUUUAUGGUUAAAUUACAGGGUCCCACCCUUCAGAGAUAUAUUUAAAAUGAUGCUUAUUCUUGUAGAAAGUGUAUAAAAUACCUUUUGCCAAAUAGCAGACAUGUAUCCAUGGAAACAAUUAAGCUGGUUUUAAUCCUGUGCCUUUUUAUUUUGCCAUAGGCUAUUUUUCAGUAUUUACACUUG